AUGUCUACGACUUCCCAAAAGAAGAGCAGUAACCAACAUGCAGAAGCUAAACCACUAAACUCAGCGCCCACAAGCGAGGCUCCAGUGGUCGACAGUCGCCCCAACUACUCAGUCUUCACAACAUGGGAGAAGCGGAGCAUCGUCUUAGGCGCAGCGGCGGCAGCUUUCUUCUCCCCCCUGACUGCCCAAAUCUAUUUGCCAGCACUUAACCUUCUGACGAUAGAGUUCAACAUUUCCGAAGCACAAGCCAAUUUGACAGUAACAACUUACAUGAUAUUUCAGGGCAUCAUCCCAAUGUUCAUUGGUUCAUUUGCAGAUAGUACUGGGAGACGACCGGCAUAUAUGAUCUGUUUUGUCAUCUACCUGGCAGCCAAUAUUGGCUGUGCACUAGCCCCUUCAUACGUAGCCUUGCUUAUACUUCGCAUGCUACAAUCGGCCGGGUCGAGCACCACAGUCGCUCUAUGCCAAGCCGUCGUUGCCGACAUUAUCACAUCAGCCGAGCGUGGUCAAUAUGUAGGGUUGGUGACUGUGCCCGUCAUUCUGGCGCCAGCACUGGGCCCCGUGAUUGGUGGGCUUCUCUCCCAGUUCCUUGGUUGGAGAUGGAUCUUUUGGUUUUUGACUAUACUGGCUGGGUCUGUGUUCGUUGUAUACGCACUGUUCAUGCCUGAAACUUGUCGAAAUAUCGUCGGAGAUGGGAGCAUACAUCCACAUCCAUUCUAUCGGACUUUCUGGCAGCUCACAAAAGACGUAUACCAUAAGCGAAAAAUAAAGAGUAACGGUGUAAAGCCGGAUUGGCAACAGACAACAUCACAGGCUCCAGAGAAAAGAAAAUUCAAAAUGCAGCGACUAAACCCGCUCCGCAGCCUCACGAUUCUAUUCGAGAUAGAGAUGUUCCUGUUACUCAUGUACAGUAGUCUCAUAUUCGCCGGCUUUUAUGCAAUCGCUACUUCGAUGCCGUCACAAUUCGCUGACCUAUAUGGGUUCGAUGAAUUGCAAGUUGGACUAAUGUAUUUGCCUUUGGGCGGUGGAUCCGUGAUAGCCGCGGUCAUUAUGGGUAAGCUCGUCAACUGGAACUAUCGCCGCCACUGCAAAAAGCUUGGAAUUCCCUUCGAGCGAACCAAAGAGCAAGACCUUUCCGAGUUUCCCAUCGAGAAAGCACGACUCGAAAUCGGCAUUCCGUUGUUGCUGUUUUCCGCAGUCGUACUUCUGGCCUGGGGUUGGGCAAUGCAAUAUCGUGCCCACUUGGCGGUCCCUUGUGUCCUGCUUUUCCUCAUGGGUAUAGGCUUGAUUGGGUUCAGCAACACUACCAACACGCUUAUUGUGGACGUCAAUCCGGGAAAUGCUGGUGCUGCAACAGCUAGCAACAAUUUAACUCGAUGUUUGAUCGGCGCUGCGGCUAGUGCUCUUAUUGAUCCCAUGAUCAAAGGAAUCGGAAGUGGAUGGGCUUUCUUCAUCAUUGGGAUGCUACAGCUUAUAGGUGCACCCGUUCUGUGGCUCAUCAUGAAGAAUGGCAUCAAAUGGCGCAAGGACAAGGAGAAGAGAAAACAAGCAAGACGACAAAAUAAGGAGAAUAAUACUCUUGUCACAUAG